UCUGGAGAGAGUUACAGUAACCAGCCAGAGCGUUUCAGUCAAUUAGAUCGUGUUUGGCCACAACAUUUGGCAAAUGCAACAACACCGGAGCCGCCCGUUGUCUUUUAUUGAUGGGAACUAAUGUUAGCCUGUAGCUAAUAUUAGCUACCAAACAUCAACAGGAAGUAACAGACUAGCUAACUAUUUUCCAAUGUCUUGCACACUGAAUUCACCAGAUUUUUCUCUAGGCAUGAACUGUUCCCUAGAGAAAGUCCUGGCUGAUGCCAAAUCAUUAGUGGAAAGGCUUCGUAACCAUGACAAUGCUGCUGAGAUGUUAAUUGAGCAGACAACAUCCCUCAACAAGCGAGUGGAGGCCAUGAAACAGUAUCAGGAAGAGAUAGAUGCUUUGAACCAGGUUGCACGGCAUCGACCUCGUUCUAGUCUGGUCUUGGGAAUCCAACAGGAAAACCGUCAGAUAAGAGAGCUUCAGCAGGAAAACAAAGAGCUACGGACGUCAUUGGAGGAGCACCAGUCUGCGUUAGAGCUUAUCAUGACCAAAUAUAGGGAGCAGGUGUUCAGGCUUCUCAUGGCGAGCAAGAGAGAUGACCCUGCCAUUGUGACCCAGCUGAAAGAGCAGCACACGACGGAAAUGCAAGCACACAUAGACAAGAUCAACGAGAUGGCCUCUGUAAUGAGGAAGGCAAUAGAGGUGGAUGAAGAGCGGAUAUGUGAGGAUGAGGAAAGGAUCAAACAAUUAGAGCUGGAGAACGGCGGCCUCCGAGAGCUGCUCGGAAUCAGUCGAGAGGCGUUCCUGGUCCUGAAGAGAGAUGAUGCGUCAGAGAGCACGUCACUGUCACCGCUGCUGAACAGUGCAGAUGUCAGUUUACGAAAGAGUUAGACCGCCAAGUGACUGCCUGACCCCCGUCCCUGCUACCACUACUGUGUACAGUCCGCUGCCACAUAACCGCCUCAUCUUUCACCCCACAGACUCUUUGAACAGUCCAGCCCACCUCUCCUGGUGCAUUUAUAGCAUGAUGCUCCAGAGCUGCACCCCUGUCUGGUAAUUCAGACACUAGAGUGUACACACAGUCUUCUCAUUUUUGUUGGUACCUCUGCUAUCUUUACUAUUUUUCAUCAGCACGCAUGAGCCUUUGGUGUCUGCAAGGUUUUAAAGUGUGUGAGUGAGAAUGAGUUAAAAAAAAAAAAAA